GCGGCCGGCGGCCGAGCGCGCAUGCGCGCUCCGAGGAGAGCGGGCCAGCCAGCGAGUGAGAAGAGCGAGCGAGCGAGGGACGCCGAGGGGCUGCUGGAGCGGAGGCUGAGGCGCAGAAACAGGGCAGCACCGGCGGCAGCACCGGCGGCAGCACCGGCGGGGCGUGUCGGGAGGGCCCGGUGGGAUGGUGCCCCCCACCGGCGCCGCGGAGGGAGGAGGCGGCGGCGAAGGAGCAGCGGCGGCGGGCACAGGCCGGGUGCGGCGGCGGAGAAGAGUAGCGGCGGGAAGGAGAGGCUGCUGCUCCUGCUGCUCCCCCCACCCGCGGUGCUGAGCCGAGUGUAGAAGGGCGGCGGCGGCGGCGAGAGCAGCGCCAGCCGCGGAGGAUCCCCCCUCGCCCGGCAGCAGCAUGGUCCGGGAGACCAGGCACCUCUGGGUGGGCAACUUGCCGGAGAACGUCCGCGAGGAGAAGAUCAUCGAGCACUUCAAGCGAUAUGGACGUGUUGAAAGUGUCAAAAUUCUCCCCAAAAGGGGAUCAGAAGGUGGUGUGGCAGCAUUUGUGGAUUUUGUGGACAUCAAGAGCGCACAGAAGGCACACAAUUCCGUCAACAAAAUGGGUGACAGAGACCUUCGGACGGAUUAUAAUGAACCAGGAACCAUCCCUAGUGCCGCUCGGGGAUUGGAUGAUACAGUUUCCAUAGCAUCUCGUAGUAGAGAGGUUUCUGGGUUCAGAGGAGGUGGUGGUGGGCCCACGUAUGGCCCGCCACCAUCGCUUCAUGCACGGGAAGGACGCUAUGAGCGGAGACUCGAUGGGGCUUCAGAUAACAGGGAGCGUGCUUAUGAACAUAGUGCCUAUGGACACCACGAACGCGGGACAGGAGGAUUUGAUCGGACAAGACAUUAUGAUCAGGAUUACUACAGAGAUCCUCGGGAGCGGACUUUACAGCAUGGACUCUAUUACAGUUCUCGGAGCCGCAGCCCGAGCCGCUUUGACGCUCAUGAUCCCCGUUAUGAACCUCGGGCCCGGGAGCAGUUUACAUUGCCCAGCGUGGUACACAGGGAUAUCUACAGGGAUGAUCUCACUCGGGAGGUACGAGGUAGAAGGCCAGAGCGGAGUUACCAGCACAGCAGGAGUCGGUCACCCCAUUCAUCCCAGUCUAGGACCCAAUCUCCUCAGAGGCUGGCAAGCCAAGCAUCAAGGCCUACCAGGUCCCCUAGUGGCAGUGGCUCUAGGAGCAGAUCAUCGAGCAGCGAUUCAAUCAGCAGCAGUAGCAGUACCAGUAGUGACAGCAGUGACUCCAGCAGCAGUUCAAGUGAUGAGUCUCCAGCGCGUUCAGUUCAGUCCACAGCUGUCCCAGCACCCACUUCCCAGUUGCUUCCAUCUCUGGAAAAAGAUGAGCCCCGCAAAAGUUUUGGGAUUAAAGUUCAGAAUCUUCCAGUGCGCUCCACAGAUACCAGCCUUAAAGAUGGGUUAUUUCAUGAGUUUAAGAAGUACGGGAAGGUGACAUCUGUGCAGAUCCACGGGGCCUCCGAAGAGCGGUACGGGCUGGUGUUCUUCCGGCAACAGGAGGAUCAGGAGAAAGCACUCAAUGCUUCCAAAGGGAAACUCUUCUUUGGCAUGCAGAUCGAAGUGACAGCUUGGAUAGGGCCAGAAACAGAAAGCGAGAAUGAAUUUCGGCCUUUGGAUGAAAGGAUAGAUGAAUUUCACCCCAAGGCAACGCGAACUCUCUUCAUUGGUAAUCUAGAAAAAACAACCACAUAUCAUGACCUUCGCAACAUUUUUCAGCGUUUUGGAGGAAUAGUGGAUAUUGACAUUAAGAAAGUAAACGGGGUGCCUCAGUAUGCAUUCCUGCAGUACUGCGACAUUGCAAGUGUGUGUAAAGCGAUCAAGAAGAUGGAUGGUGAAUACCUCGGAAACAAUCGGCUCAAGCUGGGCUUUGGGAAGAGCAUGCCUACCAACUGCGUGUGGUUGGAUGGCCUUUCGACAAACGUCACGGAUCAGUAUUUAACGCGACAUUUCUGCCGCUAUGGUCCUGUGGUGAAGGUGGUGUUUGACCGCUUAAAAGGCAUGGCUCUCGUUCUCUACAAUGAAAUUGAAUAUGCACAAGCAGCUGUAAAAGAGACCAAGGGGAGGAAAAUCGGUGGGAAUAAAAUUAAGGUGGAUUUUGCAAACCGAGAGAGCCAGUUGGCGUUCUAUCACUCCAUGGAGAAAACGGGUCAGGAUAUCAGAGACUUCUACGAGAUGCUUGCAGAGAGAAGGCAAGGGCUCCCGGCAUCCAGUGCUGGUCUCUCCGUGCAGGGGGAUGAGCGAAGAGGAUCUUACGACUAUGCUGCUGACCGUACAUACUAUGAGGCUGUUCGAACACCAGGGACGUAUCCUGAAGAUCCUCGGAGAGAGUAUUCAGCCCGUGGCCGAGAGUUGUAUGCUGACUGGGAUCCUUAUCAAGGAGACUAUUAUGACCCACGAUAUUACGAUGACCCACGGGAAUACAGAGAUUACAGGGGAGAUCCUUAUGAGCAGGACAUCAGGGAGUACAGUUACAGGCAACGUGAGCGGGAGCGGUUUGAAACAGACCGGGACCGGGAGCAUGAAAGGCGGCCCAUUGAAAGAAGUCAAAGCCCAGCCCAUUCCCGGCGGCCGCAGAGCCCAGGAGCAUCUCCGUCACAGUCGGAGAGGCUGCAGAGCGACUCUGAGAGGAGGAGGGUCUAUAGCCGGUCCUCCGAGCGCAGUGGCAGCGGCAGCUCCCUCUCUCCACCCCGCUAUGACAAACUGGACAAAGCCCGCCUUGAGCGAUAUGCAAAAAGUGACAAAUCGGAAAAGGAGCCUGCUUUUGAGCCAGAGACAACUGAGAAAGAGAAGCGCCUGGUGAGGAAAGAGAAGCCAGAAAAGCUCGAAAAGGAUAAAAUGCAAAAGCGGAAGGCCAAGAAUCAUUCUCCCAGCUCCCAGUCAUCGGAAACGGAUCAAGAACCUGAAAAGGAGCCCAGUCCUGAGAAAGUGAAAGGCAAACUGAGCCGGGAGAGAGCGGACAAGGAAGGGACUGUGAAGAAUCGCCUCGAACUGAGGCCCUGCGUUGUGCUGACACGAGUAAAAGAAAAGGAAGGGAAAGUGGUGGACCAGCCCGCUCUGGAGAAGCUCAGAGGGAAGCCAGAGAACGACACCGUGAAGUCUCCCUUGCUUGAACAAAAAAUGCAGACUUCUCAGACAGACCCAGCCAAGUCAGACCAGCUGAAACUUGACCCUGUCAGAGUUAAGGUGGCAAAAGAGAAGGUGCUUGCCAGUCACAUCGAAGUGGUUGAAAAGGAUGCAAAGCUGAAACCCAAAAAGCACCUGAAGGCAGAUCCACCUAGUGAAGUAACAAACCCAGUAGAUCUAGAAAAGCUAGAGGCUCGCAAGAGACGCUUUGCUGAUGCAAGCCUAAAGCCCGAUAAGCAGAAAAUGGAAAUCAAAAGAAGUAGUCAAGAGGAGGAGGAAGGGCGUGUAGUUUUGAAAAAGCAGAUUGAUGUGGUGGGUGAGUCUGAAAGGAAGCCCUUGAGGAAAGAGACUCUUAAAAGGGAAUCUAGGAAAAUCAAGCUGGAAAGACUUGCAACUGUUACCAGUCCCAAAGAAGCUCAAGAGCCAGCAAGCAUUUCUGUAGGGAGUGGCUUACGGCCCAGUUUAGAGCUACAGGCUAGGCUGGGGGACCCCGUUGAAGAACCAGCAGACACCCCCGAGAUCCCCUCUAGGAAGGUCAAUGCAAUAAAACUGCAGCACAAACACCCACCACUGUUAGAUGAUCAAGGGGCAGAGAGAGAGGAUGUCUGGAGGAGAAGCUACUGCAGUCUUCCUGAAGAGGUGCCCGACCACAAACUAGUCCAAGACAAGCCUCUGUCAUCAGACUUAGAAGAGAAAAUUCCCAUUGACAUUGAUCACACGCAGAGUUACCGGAAGCAAAUGGAGCUGAGUCGCAGGCUGAAACAGCAAAUGGAGAUGGAAAUUGCAAAGCAUGAGAAGUUUGGCAGCCCAAAGAAAGAUCUUGAUGAGUAUGAAAGGCGUAGCCUGGUGCAUGAAGUGGGGAAACCUCCUCAGGAUGUGACAGAUGACUCUCCUCCUAGUAAGCGGAAGAAAUCCUCUGACACUUUUGACUUUGAAAUUAGCACUAAGCGAGAGAGAAACUACAGAAGCUCUCGCCAGGUGAGUGAAGACUCUGAAAGAACAGCCUGUUCCCCUGGUCUCAGGCCCUUCCCUUUCCACGAGGAUGAGGAGAUGCUGGAGUCCCCAAGGCUGAUGCCUUUAAAAGAAGCCAAAGAAUCACCUAAAACUGAUGAAAAGGGCCCUCCAUAUUCUAAUGUGGCUGUAAGGGAAGAUUCGUUGAAAUUUAAUCCCUAUGAUUCCAGUCGAAGAGAGCAUCUGGUGGAAAUGGCUAAAAUAAAACCAUCUGCAUUGAAUUGCGAGGAUGAAUCAAACCGAUGGGAAUCCCAAGUGAAAGAGGAGCCUGGCCGGGUGGAUAUCAGCUUCCCAAGUAGCAUAGUCAAGAGAGACGGUAUACGGAAGCGGUCGAUACGGGAUCUGGAACCAGGAGAGGUGCCCUCAGACUCUGAUGAUGAUGGCGAUAAUAAACCCCAUUCUCCAAAAGCCUCUUCAUUACUGGAGAACUCCAGGCUAUCUUUUUUAUUACGGGACAGGGAGGAGAAACUUCGUGAGAGAGAGGAACGGCUUCCAGCCUCCUUGGAAAGGAACAAAUUUUAUUCCUUUGCAUUGGACAAGACAAUCACGCCUGACACAAAGGCCUUGCUUGAGAGGGCCAAAUCUCUCUCAUCAUCUAGAGAAGAGAACUGGUCUUUUCUUGAUUGGGACUCAAGAUUUGCUAGUUUUAGGAACAACAAGGACAAAGAAAAAGUAGAUUCUGCUCCAAGGCCUAUCCCCUCAUGGUAUAUGAAAAAGAAGAAAAUCCGAACUGAUUCUGAAGGAAAACUGGACGAUAAAAAAGAAGACCAGAAGGAAGAUGAGCAAGAGAGGCAGGAGCUCUUUGCCUCGCGGUUUCUACACAGCUCAAUCUUUGAGCAGGAUUCUAAGCGCUUGCAACAUUUAGAAAGGAAAGAUGAAGACCUUGACUUCCUUUCUGGCAGAGCGUAUGGCAGGCAGGCGUCUCUGGAUGGGACCAACAGUGUGUCGGACUUUGUGCCAGAGCCAGUGGUUCUCUUCCACAGCAGGUUUGUCGAGCUCACCCGAAUGCAGCAAAAGGAGAAGGAGAAAGACCAAAAGCCCAAAGAAGCAGAAAAGCAGGAGGAGGCAGAGAAGGAGAAUCGACCCAAGACUCCAGAAGUGGUGCCUGAGGACAAAGAACCAGAGCAUAAAUCUUCACUGUUAGUUGGGCCAUCGCCAGUUGCUCUCAUCCUACAAGAACCAGGACCAGUCAUACCAGAGAAGGUUGCAAACGAGAGGUUACCAGUGGACACACCCUCUUCUAGAGAGGAGAAGCCUCCGGAACCUGGUCCUGUAGUGGAAGAGCCAAAGCCUGUUCCAGAACUCCUUGCUGCUGUUAAAACUGAGCCCCCUGAGCAUAUGGAGACACCCCCAGUAACGGAUGGCAACAAAGACUCUGCUCUUUCCACGGUGGCUCCUGAUGAAGACCCUGUAUCCGUAGAACACCCUUCCUAUUUGGACACAAAGCCACCUACGCCAGGAUCUUCUUUUUCCCAAGCAGAUAUCGGCACAGAUCCAGAACCUGAAAUAGUCCCACCACCUCCCAAAUUGGCAACAAGGUCUGAGGAACUGCCUGAGUCUAAAGAAGAACAUGUUUCACUAUCGGUUAACUCUGAGCCUGGUGCAGGGCAGAAAGUGGAGGUGGCUGUUGAGGCUCUGCCUCUGGUUUCUGAUACAGAGAUGGAAGCGGAGCCCCCUGUCGUUGCAAAGGACAAGAAGCCAUACAAAAAUAAACGUUCCAAAACUCCUGCGCAGUCUUCUGUUGCAAAUGUUGCAGAGAAACCCGUCACAAGGAAGAGUGAAAGGAUUGACCGGGAAAAGCUUAAAAGAUCAGGCUCUCCCCGUGGGGAAGCCCUGAAGCUUCUAGAGCUGAAGGUGGAAACGGAGAAGGCUUCAAGAAAUGCUGCUAAAUCUCCAAGUGCUGCAGCAGAGCCCGAAAACCCAGAGCCCAGUUUGCCAGUCGGCCGGACCAGGCGCAGAAACGUUCGGUCAGUUUAUGCAACCACAGGAGACCAUGAAGGCCCAUCACCUGUUAAAGAUUCUAUGGAGGUAACCAGGUCUACCAGAAAAAGAGUUGAAAGAGAGCCACCGGACGCUUCCACGGUUCCGACCCCUCCAAGAAGAGGCAGACCACCCAAGUCACGUCGCAAACCCGAGGAGGAAGUUUCUCCUGUUAAGGCCGAACCAGUCCAGCAAGAGGCAGAAGAAGCAGAAGUGAAGGAGACGGUGGAGAUCCCUAAACCGGUGGAGGGGUGGAGAUCACCCAGAUCCCAGAAGCUAGCCCAUGGCCACUCUUCAGCAGCCAGCACUCAACAAGGCAAGAAAGGGAAAAAUGAAUCAAAGGCCGAGACCUUGGCAGAGCCAGAUGAUGCCCCUGAGCCACCUGGCCAAGGGGCAAAUGCCAGUGAAAACAUCAGUAAACUCAAGGUGGAGAAAGAAACUGUUCCAAGUGGACAGAAGCGAGAUAGGAAAGAAGCUGAGCUGGAGAAAACUGCAACUGAGGCCCCGUGCACAGUUGAGAUUGUAGAAAGAAAGCCUAUCCAAGAGAGAGCUCCAAAGUCCAAAAGAGGAAGAUCCAGGAAUGUAAAGGCUGUUGAUAAAGCAUCCUUAAUGAAGAACUUGAAAAACGUUGAAGUCCGGCUCAACGUGGAUGAAGUCAAAGGUGCGCUACGGCCAAAUGAAGAGGAAAUGGAGCCUGUGCCAGCAUCGUCCCCUAAAAGCAAAAGUCCCCAGAAAGAAGACAAAUUGUCACCCCAAUGCGUAAAGAAUGAGGGAGAAGACCCCUUCCAGGAAGCAGAGAAAGAAAUCACCUGCGAGUCAACGCAGUCUCCUGAAGCAGACCAGCUGGCCAAGCAGAUUGAACUCGAGCAGGCCGUGGAGAAUAUUGCAAAGCUCACAGAAAGCCCAACGAUUGCAGCCUACAAGGAGCAGGCAUCCGAUGUGUCAGACGUUCGCCAGGAGGAAGACGGAGACAAGCCUGCUCAUCAGGCGAGUGAAACAGAACUGGCAGCUGCCAUUGGAUCCAUCAUCUACGACGUAUCUGGAGAGGCAGAAAGCUUCCCUGCUCCACCACCCUAUCCUGCUGAAUCGGAAUCUGAAAUGCCCACAGAACCGGCAUUAGCGCUGCCACCUGCACAAGGAGAAAUGGAGCCUGAAACGGAUCAAGCAGUUAGCAAUAUCCUGGAAUCGGAAGCCGCUUCAGUUGAGCCGCCUGUACCAUCAGUUCCAGGAUCUGCCCCAGAGGCAGAAAGCAAAGAAGCAGAAGUGAGCUUAAGCGAAUCCUCCAACUCGGCGCAAGAAGCAGAAACCCUGCAGGAGGCCGACAUGUCUCGGAAAGAACGGGGCCGUCAGAAGACCACCCGGCCAAGGCGUAAGCGGAGCACAAGUAAGAAGGGGGAUGCUGCAGAUGUGAGGACCACAGAACCCGAAAGAGUACAAAGCAAGUCUCCUGUUGCCAGUGAAGGUAAAGGAAAGUCAGAAGGAGCCACAAAAGACGGCAGCCAGAGGGAAAGCUCUCCUCCAGCUGCCUCCCAAGCCAGUGCCCCUGACGCUAGCAAGACGGCAGCCCUGGAGGCAGCUGCUCAUGGACCUGUUGCAGAGAGCAGCCCCCAGCCCAAAGCUCCCAAUCUACCGGAUCUUCCGGUACCUGUUGACGAGGUGAGCCAAAGCGGGUUCAAGCUACAAACAGGGGCUGACAGUGCUCCGGUCACUCCUCCUCCAGGUGUCCCAAGCACUCCUCGACCAGUAACCCCGUCUUCAGCUGCGGCAAAGCCUGUCAUUUCUGCUGGGGUAGCCCCGCUUCACUCCAGCACAGCAAAGGUGACCGAGUGGAUUGUAAAGCACGAGGAGUCCCGCGCGCGCUCUACCCCACCUCCAGCCCUCCCCCCUGAUACAAAAGCAUCGGAUGUAGACACAAAUUCCAGCACUCUGCGGAAAAUACUGAUGGAGCCCAAGUACAUUUCUUCCACCACCGUUGCCUCAACACAUGUCACGACAGCUAUAGCUGAACCGGUGAGCGCUCCCCGUGUGGAGGAGGCCCCUUCUCAUCCUCCAGCAGAGGCCUUGAGACCAGGCUCAGAAGAGAAGCCAGCGGUCCCAAUCAUGAAUGCUUUGGAGCCACCAGUUGCAGAAGCCCCAGUUUUCACCGAGAAAGAGAAGAUUAUCACUGUCAUUGCUCCCAAGGCCACUUCUGUGAUCAGCAGGAUGCCCCACAGCAUUGACCUUGAAGAAACUCCGAGGAUAACUUUGGUGAAACAAGCAUCCCAGCCACAGACAUGCCUAGUCAACGCCCUUCCACCAAAAUACAAGCAGAGGGCAAGCACCAAUGACAGCAGCCGCUUCCAUCCAGGAUCCAUGUCCGUAAUUGAAGAUCGGCCAGCAGAGACAGGGCCUAGUCCAGGUCUUCGUGUCAACACGUCAGAAGGCGUCGUACUGCUGAGCUAUUCAGGACAGAAGACGGAAGGCCAAGGGCGGAUAACUGCAAAGAUUAGCCAGAUUCCCCCAGCAAGCGCAGUUGACAUCGAAUUUCAGCAGUCAGUGUCCAAAUCCCAGACGAAGCAAGAGCCUCUUGGCCCCUCUCAGCCCACCCCAAAGGGCUCUCAGGCACCAGCAGGGUACGGGAGCGUCUCCACCCCUUCAUCACUGGUGCUGGGAACUCAGCAGUACAGCCCUUCCCCCGUGCUCUCCAUUAAGCAAGAGCGUGGCAGCCUGGAGAAAUCUGAACCGGUGCACCUCUCUGUCCAGGCACCUUCUUCUCAGUCUGGCCCAGUUAAAGUCCUCUCCCAGUCUGCCAGCACUCCAUCCAUCCUCGUCCACAACCAGAUGGUGCUCCCUCAGGGCAUCGCUUCUUCCACCAACAAAAAGCUUCCAGACCCAGCUACCCUGAAGGCUGAGGCCAAGUCUCUUCAGCCAUCGAGCUUGAGUCCCGGGGUUGGACCUCAUCACCCCUCUUUGUCCAGCAAGAUGCACCCAGAGGCCAAUCAUGUGAGCCAAGGGCCCAGCACCCCGGCUGAUCGGGCGGUGUCUCACUUGGGGGUUGCAAAGCAGGAGCCGCUCUCUCCCCGGACAAGUGGGCACUCUCCGUCUCCCUUCCCAAGGGCCUGCCAUCCCGGUGGCCCCUCUUCCCCAGCCCUGUCGGGGAAUAACUCCAUGUUGGGCAUCCAGGGGUCUCCCUGCCCUGGUAUCCCUGUGCCUCAGUACAUCUCCAGUAUGCACCCUGAGCAGUCUGUGAUUAUGCCUCCUCACAGCGUAACCCAAACGGUCUCCUUGGGGCACCUCUCCCAAGGAGAAGUCAGGAUGAACACCCCUCCUCUGCCGGGCAUGCCCUACAGCAUCCGCCCAGAGGCGCUUCACUCUCCAAGGGCAGCUCUACAGCCGCAGCGGUCCAGCACGCCUCAGCCCGCUCCCAUCCGAGAGAUUGUCAUGCCGCCUCUGUCUUCCCAGCAUUCCUCUGAAGAGGAGAUGCACUAUCACCACACGGUGUGCCGAGGGUCUGCCCCUGUGCAAUCCGACGUGCUCGUCAUGCAGCCAGACUACCGCUUGCACCCGUCAGGCAUCAGGCUCGACCAGUACAACGUGCCCCGGGAUGUGAGGAUGAUGAUGCACCCGCACAUGGCAGCAGUGGGGGGCGACCACCACCUGGAGACUCGCCAGUCCCGGACGCCAGAAGGGAGGUCUGUGAAAACGCCCCCUGCCACCAAGACGCUCCCGUCGGGCAAAGAGACGCCCAAGGCCCCGGAAGUCAAGAUGGCUCACUCUCCACACAGCGAGCCCCGGGGACUCCUCAGUGGCCAGCUUCCAGGACUGCCUUUGACGCAGCCGGGCGUCGUACCUCAUGGGGUGCAGAUCAUGCAUCCUGCUGGAACCUCCUUCCAUGAUUACAGGACAGUCUAUAGUGAUGUGAGGAGUUACCACCCAGCAGCUCAGCUGGGCCACCCUCAGUUUUCUGGGGCAUCGCCGAUUGGGCUGCCUUCCCGGAGUAUGACUCCCUCUCAGGGCCUGCCGGACGGGGAGCAUACCCACCCCAGUCAGCCAGCUCACAGCAAGACUCCCCAGAUCUCCCAGGAGCCCAAGGGGGCCCAGGCAGCGGGACCAGAGCCAACCCACCACCCGGCGGCCGUCAGCCGGCACGUCCAGCCCAUGGAACCCCUCUUGCACCUGCAGCGAGGCCAGGCGGACACUGGCCAGAGCUCCUACCCUUCUCCGGUUGCUGUUUCUGUGAAGCAGGAGCUCCCAUCCCCACAUCAGGCCCAAGUGCCGAAGCCGGCCCUCUUCAUCCCGACCACCGCGGGCCCCGGGGCUCCUCCGGGGCUGCCCCUUGCCCGGCCUGAAGCACAGUCGGUGCUUAAGCAAGACCCUGCUCCUCACCCCGUCUCCCAGAGGCCAGUGGACAUGGUCCAGCUUCUGACCAAAUACCCCAUUGUGUGGCAGGGGCUCCUGGCCUUGAAGAACGAUACGGCUGCUGUCCAGCUGCACUUUGUCUCUGGCAACAACGUCUUGGCACACCGCUCCUUGCCAGCCCCAGAAGGAGGGCCUCCGCUCCGGAUUGCCCAGCGCAUGCGCCUGGAAGCGUCACAGCUGGAGGGCGUGGCACGCCGGAUGAUGGUGGAGAGCGAUUAUUGCCUGUUGCUGGCCUUGCCUUGUGGACGAGACCAAGAGGAUGUUGUGAACCAGACAGAGUCACUCAAGGCGGCCUUCAUUAGCUACCUGCAGGCCAAGCAAGCCGCCGGCAUCAUCAACGUUCCCAAUCCCGGCUCCAACCAGCCUGCUUACGUUCUGCAGAUCUUCCCGCCCUGCGAGUUUUCAGAGAGCCAUCUCUCCCGCCUCGCCCCAGACCUCCUCGCCAGCAUCUCCAACAUCUCUCCUCACCUGAUGAUUGUCAUUGCGUCGGUCUAAGCGGCUUUCCAGCUACAGGCUACUUUCUCCAAGGCCUACAGCAGAGACAGAGAGACGGUGAACGAGGAAGGAAGGGACUGGGCCCUCCUCCAUGGCUGGGCCUCGAUCAAACUCUUGCUCGGUAGUGGCUGCCGCGCUACCUUGUAUGUUUACAUAUUGCUUUAGCAAAGACGGACACCUGAGGCACUCAAGUAGGCAGACUGGCCUUGGGGUCUGGUGCCUCCUGUAGAGGGGAAUUAAAGGAAGGCUAUUUUUUUUUAAUUUACAAAAUAACUUAAAAAAAAGAAGGAACCAGAACUGCCUUUGCACUAAAUUAGUGACUUUGGACCUUUGCACAGUUUAAGAAUUGUUGUGGCGUUCAGGAUGGAUGUCUCAUACACACAUGAACUGGCGUUGUGGACUUUAAAAAACGCAGGGCCUGGCAACGUCUGCUCCAGUCUGCAGGUCUAGGAGCAUUUCACACAGUGUCCCCCCCCCAAAAAAUCCUUGAUCCUCCUGGAUGCCCCCCAUGCUGCAGUUGCCUCUUCCUCCUCCGUCAUCUGGGAUGUACAGUUUACACUGAAACAAAGCAAAACACAAAAAGAGAGCUAUUUUCCUUCCUGGUGGGAUAUGCAGGACUCUGGGUGUGUGUGUGUGUGUAUAUAGAUAUAUAUAUAUAUAAUAUAUAUAUAUAUAUAUAUAUAAAUAUAUAUAUAUAUAUAAAAUACAGACUUUAAAAAGAAAUCUGAUCCCCACAACAUACUUUUUUUUUAAUCUGUGCCAAAAAAAAUGUGUUUUCAGAGAAAAUCUUAUUUUCAUACUCAGACUUUGUAUUUGUCACCCAUUUGUAAGUGCGCUUCAUUUAGACAUGGCCUCCCUUUCCUCCUCCUCCUCCACAUGUGGAAGUGUUAUACACUUGUACAGACUUUUUAUCUCCUCCUCCUCCUCCUCCUGUCCUCGUUGUCCUAACACUUAAUUUAUGGAACUGUUUCCUCAGCGCAGUUUUGUUUUGUGUGUCCAUUGGAUUACAAACUUUAUUAAAAAAUACAAAACUUUCUAGUGUUGCGUCAAUGUGCAGGAAGGGUGAGCUGUAAAGGUAAGCUGCAGUUGAUUAGUUUUAACAUUUUAACAAUAUUUAAUGUCUUGGCUGAAGCGUUGGGUACUUUACAUUCUUAUACACAUACGAG